GCACCUGUGAUAGAGAGGGAAGAUAGGACACCACGAUGCUCGACGAGAAGCAGGACAACGAGUUCCACAUCGUGGUGAACAACGAGAAGCUGGAGGAGAUCAAAGCUAGUGAUGGGAACACGUACGUGGUCAUGCCCCUCUUCUCCAAGGUCUCGUACGGCGUCGAGUUCGUGGAAGAGGUCAAAGGCCACGGUGCGGCAGAGAAGAUCUCUCAAAAGUGGCCCGUGUGCCCGUACAAGGUGGUCGUGAGGAAUUUGUCCGCCAAGACCCAGAAGGCCACCCUCUACGUCGACGGGCAGAAGGUGUCUCGAAAGUUUGUGCGCGCGGGAGGAAACGAGGUGUUUGAGGGGAUUCCCACUGCACAAGGCAUCCAGGAGCUCCUUUUCUCCCUGCCGAGGUUUACCACUUUGAAGGAAAAGCAGGGCAACAGCGGCGGACGGGCGCUGAAGGAGUCAGGCACGAGUGAAAUUGGGGCGGUCAAGAUUGUGUGGAACGACUGUGUGAAGACCGGCACGGGGUUCUCGUCCCAUUUCCAGGAGUACUCAACGACCUCGUUCACGCAAGCGAACAAGUCGGACGCGAAAGCGACGGGAGCAGGUGCAGGAGGGGGCAGCAGCGAGAAAGCCUUCGCGUCCACAACCAGGGCAGGCAAGGUCCUCCGGCUGAAUGAGGCAAGAUCCUGCACGGUGACGAGGUUCGAUACCGUCGGAGAGCCGUGGGAAGCGCGCUUGUUGUACCGCACAGAACACCACUUACAGGACAUUGGCGUCCUCGGAACAAACGAAACUGCGGCACAGGAGGCCGAGCGAAAGGCGAAGCGCGCGAGGCGGCGGAAGAAGGCCAAGCUGCAGGGCGGCCCGUCCCCGCCCCCCGUCCCCGUCAUGGAAGACAACUCCCCACCCCCGGUAGCCUCGAUCGACGUAAAGUCUGCUGCUUUGUGAAGGCGUGCGGGACCGAUGCUUGGCAGGGGGCGAUGAGAUGAAGACUUGGUUGCCCCUGGUAGAACCUGAGCCAGAAUGGGGAGAGUCAAACACAGACCGUCUGUUGUUCUGUGUCGUUGGGAACCAGACGCGGUUGCUGCUUGACAUGGCAGGAGAGGGGAGGGGAGAGACGAGAGAAGGAUCAAGGGGGCGACGAUGCACUUAUGUGAAUCUCAAGGAUAACACCUCCUCCUUGGCUAUCUGGCGCUCCGCGGCUUUGGAUCUUGACUUGUCACAUUCACUGGUAACGGGAGAUUCGCCUGGGGUACGCUCCGUUGGGUUAUCGCCGCAAGGCCCAUGAAUCAAUUUGAGCCCUUCCGCUCACCCCUCUGCCCCACGCCCAAUCUUUGUUCGUUUUCGGGAAAGCAAACAAAACAGGAGGAGUUGGUUGUAGAAGGGUGAGAAUUGGUUACCACGCUUGGACAGCCUGCUCCUCGUCAGUGCGGAACAGUUUAGUAAUGUGUGCGUUUGAAGGUAUUCAUCGUGUAGGCAAAAGUGUGGAAAACGCGUUUGUUUACGCACGAUAUACAGAGCUGCGAUAUGCAAGAGUGUGUGUGAGGGCUGGUACCCUUGGCUAGAGUUUGGAGAAGAGAGAUUACGAAUAUUAUACUUCUUGAGUUC